UGUUGUCAUUAUAUUGAGAUUGUAGGGGCUGUUUUCUUUUUGCGUCUUAGUUUUUACAUACAUGUAACAGAACUGAAAUAGUGUAAAAAAUAUCGCUUAAACAUAAGGGCAAAAUAAAGCUCGUACUCUAUUCAGUUGGAAGUGCGGCAGUAGAUCAAACUCUCAUUGGGCCUCCAGUUGUUCAUCUGAUCUCUCCUCCGCCAUUUUUACUGCACUAUACUGCAGGAAACACACGCUAAAACAGCGGCUCGGCUGGGAGCUUUCACACCCCACACACACACAUGAUCCAGAUCCCCGAUCCCGCGGUUUUACCGAUGGUGUGCUGACAGAUUCGGCUGGGUUUGGACUGAUCCUGCGCUCGUUCAGAGAUGGAGGCCAUUUACGGAGAGAUGGAGGUGGAGAGCUGCUACACGCUUCUGGAACUUCCUUCACCCAAGAAGAAACGCAAGAGCAAAAGCAGCAUGGAGAACUCAGACAAACCCAAGAAGCCCAGGUCAGCGUAUCUGCUGUACUACUUUGAUGUGCAUCAGAGCGUUCAGCAGGAGCAUCCGGAUCUGCCCCAGUCUGAGAUCAACAAAUGCAUCAGCGACAGCUGGAAGAGGCUGAACGUAGCGGAUCGAGGUUAUUACCUGGAGAGAGCGCGCAUGGAGAAAGACGGCGUCGACCCUAGCAGCCAACCAGCAGCUGCGUCCUCCCAGGACGUCCCAGGUUUCCGCAAGAUCCUCCCAAGGGCGAAUUACGUGCUCUUGCCCAAGACUUCUGCGGGAGGGGAGCGGGCCGAGGGUGAAUGCGAGAUGGAUGCUCUCGCGGACGGGGCCGUGGAUGGAGCCCCUCGGGCCUCCGCUCAGGAGCCUCUCGUGUCCCCCAUGACUCUGGGCAGUGAGGUGGAGCUCUCGGAACAGUGCAUCGCCAUCGAGGCGCUUAGUGAGGACACGGCCGCGUCCCAGAAUUCCAGUGUCAGUGACAGACUGAUGAGUCUUGGACAGGACUGUCACAAAGCUGCUACUUUGCUUAUGAAGAGGGAGGAGUCUCAAGUGUCUUAUGGUGACGUUGGGAUAGCGAUAGAGAAUGGAAUGGAGGGCGGGGCUUUGAUGCCUCAGAUCAAGGCAGAUGCCACCCAUCUAGUUGCCAUAAUACCCAAUCAGGGCCUCGAGAAUAAAGUGAUCAACACGGCCAGCCCAAUAAUGAUGUUUCCGGUAAUGAGCACUGUGAAACCAGAACCCAAACCCUCCUUUAAACUGCCCAUCAAAUACACACGGAGAGGAUGGGGCAGCUGCACCACACCCGGGUGUGUGUUUUCAUACGUCACCCGUCACAAACCGCCCCAGUGCCCAGACUGCGGCCAACAUCUCGGCGGGAAGUGGGUGGCAACAGCUAAGAGAAGCUCAGUUAAAAGCACGCCAUCUUCAGGAAAACAGUGUGACGACUCCAAACCUCCAGAUCAUCCGACAGACUCUAAUGAGACGUCCAGAGACACAGAACAGACACAAGACCAGACGAACGCUUCUGUUAUUACUCAGAAAACCUCUUCAGAUAAAGCUCAGGACGGCGGGACCGCUGCUGCCCGCAGGGGGGGCCGUAGAAAGAGAGAGCAGAUGAAUGCAGUGUCACCUCAACAAACACUUGAUGGCGCCAUUGUCAACAGAUCUGAUGGAGCACAGAGCGCUGAAUGCACAGCAGUCCUAGCGUUGGGUGGUGGGCAAAUUCAGGUUAUCACAAGAGAAAAAAACAGCAGUAUUGUACAGAAACGGCGGAUACGAGCUAUUCUACCAGCACCUGCGCAGAAUAAUGCGUCUGGCCAUUCCACAGUGGUGCAGUGGAUCACGGUUCCCCCUGAUAAAGUCAAAACAGAUGCUAGUAUCAUCAGAGCUGUGAAACCAUCACCCAGUGAACACAUGACCGGUCUGAAACCCAGCACCCUCAAACAGCUGGGUCACAUGAUCACACCCAGCGCCUCAGAUCAGAAGCCCAUCACGGUCAGCAGCAAUCAGUACAUCAUCACGGACAACGGCGUGAAGAUCCUCUCCAUGGUGCCCUUCAAGAAAUCAGCUGGAUCCUCCCUAGCUCUGGGUUUGUCAACAGCGAGAGGUCGAGGUCGAUGUAAGAACCCUGCGUGCGAUUACGUCUAUAAAAACAGACACAAACCUCAAAACUGUCCGAGCUGUGGCUGUGAGCUCGCCAACAAACCCGCCAAGAAAAGCAAACUCGUGCCGUCCGCUGAGGAUGUGUCCAGUUCUGCGCUCCUGUUGGACUCGUCUCAACCUCUGAGCGGUGCUCAGAAAGAGCAGCAGCGUCACUCCACCGUCAGUCUGCUGCGCUCGUGUCUGCAGUUCCCAGAGAGCGAAAGCGAACUACAGGACGUCUUCAGCCUAAUACAAGAGCUCAACAGCCAAGAGAAAGACACGGAGGAGAGCAACGGGUGGCCGAGCUUCUACGAGUCGGCAGCCACGCACUGCAGUCUGUGUCAGUACCCACUGUUUAAAGGAGACCAGAGUUCAGUUGCGGGUUUGGAGGAAUGCUGGUUGUUGACGGAUCGUUUGAUUCGUCCCGUCACUCUGCAGGUGAAAGUCUGUACGAAUCUCCAGUGUCUGGCGAUACACAGUUUCACGGACCUGCAUCCAGGUGUGUUUAAUGUGGGCAAUAAACUGCUGGUGACGCUGGAUUUGUUCUUUAAGAUGCGACAUCAGAUCAGAGUGGGGGACGAACCUGCACAUGCUGCUCUCAGUUUAAUCAAACACUCACAGACGCUCUCAGACGGUGUGUUGAGCUCGGAGCAGGUGUCACAUGUUCUGGACCUGUUCUGCAGCGGUUACUGGGCGUUUGAGUGUCUGACAGUUCGAGACUAUAACGACAUGAUCUGUGGCGUGUGCGGCAUCGCACCCAAACUGGAGAUCGCGCAACGCAACACCAACAACGCUUUACUGCUCAAAAACGUGGAGUUCACGUGGCCUGAUUUCCAGGCGCCGGACGAGGUGCAUGUUGACGAGUUUUGGCUGACGAUGGAGAACGAGGCGCUGGAGCAGGCGGCAUUUCCCUCCAGCAUUCCCCUCACGCGCUUCGACGCCUCCAUCAUCGCCCCGUUCAUCCCUCCUCUCAUGAGGAACACGGUCGCCAUCAACACAGAGAAGGACAAAAUCACCUCCGACACCCAACACAGAGGGGACCCGUCGGUUCUGGUGCGUCUGAUCCACGAGGGUCGUCUGAUUCCAGAUCAGAUGGAUCUGCACAGUGAAGAGGAGCUCAGAGACGUGCUGGAGAAAUGUGGGAUUCCCGCUGCAGAAGACAGUGCAAAGGACGGGCUGUUGGAGUCUGUGUCUUUGCUGUAUUCCCAAACACAAAAUGGACUCUGGACGGCACGUCAGCCACAAGCGCUCAUGACGGCAGGCAAAAUCAGUAAAGUCUGUCCUCAUCAGGUGGUUUGCGGCUCCAAGUAUAUCGUCCGUAGAGAGAGCGCUCGAGAUCACCUCGACCUGCUGCUUUCCUCCCGCUUCUGGCCGCCCGUGUACGUGGCGGAUUGUGCCCAGAAGGUGGCGCUCUGCACUGAUGUAUUAUACCCUGAACUGGCUUCACAGAUGUGGGGGAACAAUCAGGGAUGUUUCUCUGAUCCUGCUACAACACCACAGUACGUCUCCUGCUCGGAGCUUCAGGAUCAGCCGUACAGUUUAGAUCUCACAGCAGCUGAGUCAAACCCUCAUCUGCACCCGCUCACCAAAUCCACCUCUCGCUGGAUAGUGCGACCCGACGGGCCGAACACCCCCCACGAUGCCCACCAUGCCAUGAGCCUCUGCAAAGAGCUCGAACCCUACACCGGCAUGGUCACUGAGAUGUGUGACCAAUCCGAGUGUGAAACUAGCAACAACGAAAGUGUGGCGGUUCGGCGUAAGGCUCUAGUGUUCGAGAACGCUGCGUAUUACUACCUCUAUAACAGACUGCUGGACUUCAUGAGCAGCAGAGACAUCGUGAACCAGCAGAUCACAGAAGUGCUGAGCGCGUGCCAGCCGGGCGAGGUGGUGAUGAUCAGGGACGCCCUCUACAAGCUGGGAGUGGCACAGAUCAACUCUGACCAGCAGGAAGUGGAGGAGGAAGGAGCUGGCGGGGAACUGGAGAAACACUCAGAUGGAAUUGUGUUUGAGGAAGUGAUGAUUGACUGAAUCAGGGACUGAUUAUCAGCAGGUUUACUCAACAAAAACAAUGGAAGUGUGCCUGGGAAGAUGCCGAAUAGGUUUUAUUUAAGAGACGUGUGGAGAGAAACAGAAACUAUGAGGAUGUUUCGGAGCCUGAAAGGAAUAAUUCACGCAAAAUUAAACUCUGUCGUCAUUUAUUCACCAUCAUGAUGUUGGUGUUUAAUCUGUGAAGCACAAAAUGGUUUUUAAAGCACUCUCAUGCAGCUCUUUUUCAUAUUCUUAUGAUUUGAGAAGAAAAUGAAUAUAGCACACAUUUACUGUUAUGAUACUAGAUUAGUACUAGAUACUGAUUUUAAAGGGAUAGUUCUCCCAAAAAUGAA